UUUACUCUCACCUGCAGCAACAUGGCGGUUGUGUGGGGUGGGACAUUGUCGCGCUUCUGUUAAAGGCAGAUAGAAAGCUAUUAUGAAUAAUGGGAGAAACAAAGGCAGUUAUCAGACAGCCCCAAUCAGACAAACAUUCGCUGGAGUUGUCAGAAUUGCCAUUUGCCUUUGGUUUAGGCGUCGAACAGUUGGAACAGCAGACGACAAAAACUAGACUCCUCCCGAUGCUUAAUAAAAUAACUGUAAAACAACGCUUACAUAAGCUUGAAGUCUGUUUUGGCUGUACUCGUAAUAACCGCUAUUGUGUUUACACUGAGGAAGGAGAUCAGAUUUAUUAUGUUUAUGAAGAUUCAGUAUGCCUUAUGCGCCAGAUGACUGGAGCAUUGAGAGGUUUAAUCCUAAAAAUGACAGAUGAGGAUCAGGAAGAUGUUUUAAUAAUGAAGCGACCAGCACGAUGCAGUAGCCGCUGUUUCUGGUCGUGUUGUAGCCUGCAGGUGAUGGACAUCAUUGUGCAACAGGACAAAGAAAAGGCUGCCACUAUUUAUGAAGUAUGGAGCUGCUGUAUUCCACAAUAUCGUGUAGUUAAUAAAGAAGGCAGUCUUUUGUGGAGAGUGAAAGGAGGCACUUGCCAUUAUCGGUGCUGCAGCCAGAUCCAUUUUGAAUUCUUGACGCCAGAUGGAGAGAGAGCAGCUGCUGUUAACAGAGAGUGUCAAGGUUGUGACGAACUAAUUGGCGCUUCAAACACAUUUAGCAUUCACUUUUCAGAUGAUCUGGAUGCAAGGCAAAGACUGAUCAUUUUGGGUAGUACUUUUCUGGUGGACCUAAACUAUUUUGAGAAGCAAAACAGAUGCUGGUAAAGGAGUCUGGUUGCAUGUGAGCAGCAACUUCAGUUUGCCUGCCAGUAUAAGAACAAAGAAUGAAGUAUCUGAGGUAGCUGAGGACUCAAAAUGUUACCAACUGAAGAUAGAUUCUUAAGGUGAAGGACAAUCCUCAAGCCGAGCUGCAGUUGAACACUGAUUGAUGGUCAGCUACCAAAUAAAUCAAUAAAUGAUCAUCAAGCAGAUGCUGUCAACAGUGGAAUCCCAUGCAAGAAGGUUAUGUCUGUUUCCUAAACAUUUGACUUAUGCAUGACGUUUUUCUUUUAAACGACCUCUUAUCAAAACCUUCAUGGGGUUCUUUGAACUGUGAUAUUCUUUUACUUAAUUCAAAUAAAAGCAAAACCAAACACA